AUGGGGAAAGGUGCGGCCAAGUAUGGUUUUAAAAGUGGGGUUUUCCCCACAACAAGGUCCAUUCUGAAGAGCCCCACUACAAAGCAGACUGAUAUUAUUAAUAAGGUAAAAUCACCCAAGCCCAAGGGUGUUCUUGGUAUUGGGUAUGCCAAAGGUGUAAAACAUCCAAAAGGAUCACAUAGAUUAUCACCCAAGGUAAACUUUAUCGACGUGGAUAAUCUCAUUGCGAAGACCGUUGCUGAACCCCAGAGUAUAAAAUCCAGUAACGGUUCAGCACAGAAAGUGAGAUUACAAAAAGCUGAAUUAAGAAGAAAGUUUUUGAUUGAAGCAUUUCGCAAGGAAGAGGCUAGGCUAUUACACAAACACGAGUAUUUGCAGAAGAGGACAAAGGAACUGGAAAAAGCAAAAGAACUGGAGCUAGAAAAACUAAAUAAGGAAAAAUCUUCAGACUUGACUAUUAUGACUCUAGACAAAAUGAUGUCUCAACCUCUUUUAAGGAACAGAUCACCAGAAGAGAGCGAAUUGUUGAAGUUGAAAAGGAAUUACAAUCGAUCGUUGUUGAACUUUCAGGCGCACAAGAAAAAGCUAAACGAAUUAUUAAACCUCUACCAUGUCGCUAAUGAAUUCAUCGUUACAGAAUCCCAACUACUAAAGAAAAUUGAUAAGGUUUUUAACGAUGAAACGGAGGAAUUCACUGAUGCCUAUGAUGUAACUUCUAACUUCACGCAAUUUGGAAAUAGAAAAUUAUUACUUUCAGGUAACACCACCCUACAAACCCAAAUUAACAACGCAAUAAUGGGCUCUUUGUCAAACGAAAAGUUUUUCGAUAUUUCUUUAGUGGAUUCAUAUCUGAACAAGGAUUUAAAAAACAUUUCCAAUAAAAUUGAUUCCAAAUUAAACCCCACCUCUAAUGGAGCUGGAAAUAAUGGUAAUAAUAAUAAUACAACCAACUUGUAA